UGAGUAUUCAACUCCCUCCCCAUCUACCAACUCUCGUCGCAAUAUAAUUCUCUUUUAUUUCUAUCUAAAUUCUAUAAUUCUAUAAUUCUACCGACCCAAGUCACCUCUCUACUCCACCUACAGAACAUCCACUGAACAACCCCCCGAUGGGCCCAAUAUGGACCCCUCCAAGCGCCAUGAGCCCACCUCAUUCACUGCGGCUUCAUCCCCCCCAGCAACCGAGCCCCCGCUGUCUACAGACGACGCGACUGCCUCGACUCAAAGACUAAGCUAUCCCUCGCUACACGCCAUGUCCCUGCCUCCCUCAUCUCCUGGACUCUCGUCAGCCGCCUUGUUGUCGCCCUCCGAUCCCCCCGCGCGUGCUGUUGCGACCCAGGCGCAUCCCACCCCACGUCGCAUUCCCAGCUCCAGCUCCCUGGCCGAUGAGUGUCGCAAGUCCUCGCCCAGCCUGAAGAAACGUUCAUCCACCGCGUCGCUACGUUCUAACCGUGGAGCGUCCACUUCACCCCGACCCAGCUUAUCGCGACACUCCUCAUCCUCGUUCGGCACCUCCCCGACGAGCGCGUCCGCCACCCACCCAAACAUGGCCAAGAAGGCUCAUCGGACAGCGUCGGCGGAGCACUCUUUCGCAGCAGCAGCAUCCAUCGCAGCAGAGUCCUUUCGCAAAGAAGUGGCCUGGCAUCAGUCCGCAAAGCCACAGUCGCAGACACUCGUGCUCGUCCAUGAUGCGUGUUAUGGCCAUCGCUUCUCGCGCCCGCGAACCUCCCGCGCGGCGCUUAACUCUAUCGUCGAGCGUCCCGAGCGCAUCCAGGCCAGCGUGCUGGGCAUUUCGGCCGCAUAUGUUCGACUAGCCCGGCGACAUGCAGGAGGCACGUUCGCUCCUCACCCUGAUCUCAAUCCGCAGCAGCUGCCGGUGCCGCCAUUCCAUAUUCGCAAGACGGCGCGGACACUGUCGCUCAGCUCGCCUGCUGUCACGCACGUGCAUGGGUCCAAGUGGAUGGAGGACCUCAAGACCAUGUGCGAUGCAGCCGAAUCCCGGCUUGCGUUGAACGGUAAGGAGUUGGUCCGCCCUCGCAGCGCCGGCAAGGACAGCGCCGCCACGAAUGCCCCUGCUUUUCACGAAGGAGACCUCUAUUUGUGCUCGGAAUCCUUGAGCGCGUUCGAAGGCGCCCUGGGAGGUGUCAGUGAAGGCGUGGACGCAGUCAUGGGUCCGGGCCCAACCAAGCGAGCGUUUGUCUGCAUCCGCCCGCCCGGUCAUCAUUGUUCUGCAGGUCAUCCGUCAGGGUUCUGUUGGAUUAACAACGUCCAUGUGGGCAUUUCGUAUGCGGCCAUGACCCAUGGCUUGACCCAUGCCGCCAUCCUCGACUUUGAUCUGCAUCAUGGAGACGGAUCACAAGAUAUUGCCUGGCAGCAGAAUCACAAAGCGGUAACCGCGCCACGGAAUGCGGCCGCCCAUCGAAAGACCAUGGUGGGAUAUUUUAGUCUGCACGACAUCAAUUCCUAUCCGUGUGAAAUGGGGGAGCCGGAAAAGGUGCGCAACGCGAGCGUGUGUAUUGACAAGGCCCAUGGCCAGUCCAUCUGGAACGUGCAUCUGGAGCCGUGGAAGUCGGACAAAGAAUUCUGGGACCUGUAUGCUGCCAAGUACACUGUGCUGAUUGACAAGGCGCGGGCGUUCCUGCGCAUGCAUACCGAGCGGCUGGCCAACACGCCCAAUGGACCUCCGCCGAAGGCAGCCAUCUUUAUUUCAGCCGGGUUUGACGCGAGCGAGUGGGAGGGUGCCGGCAUGCAGCGCCACCAGGUAAACGUGCCCACCGAGUUUUAUGCCAGGUUCACGGCCGACGUGGUGCGGAUGGCGAACGAGGAGGGCCUGGGGACGGAUGGGCGAAUCAUCAGUGUCCUCGAGGGCGGCUACAGCAAUCGUGCAUUGACCAGCGGUGUGCUCAGUCAUUUGUCUGGGCUGGGAGAUGCAAAGGGCAGCACCCAUGAUCUGGAUGAGCGGCAGAUUGAUCGUCUCGCAUCGGAAAUGACAGAUCGUCUGGGCCUGUCUGAUUCGGCAGAGGGGCGGUCGGUGACUGAACCGAUGUACAACAGUGAGUGGUGGGCACCAGGCGUGCUGGAGGAACUGGAGGCGCUGGUUUAUUCGCCGGCUGCACCUGUCAAGCCCCGGGAGAAGGCUGUACCGACCUACUUAACCACAACGCAGUCAUUUUCUGCCAAAGUAGUCAAUCCCCCACGAGACCGCAGGUCGACCGGUUCGCACUCGAGCCCAGAGCCGGAAGCACCGUCUCCACCCCCGCCAGUCGGCUGGGCGACUGCCACGCAUGAGCUAUGCAAGGUCCUGGUCCCGACCGGUCGGCAGACAACAAGCUGUCGGCCAGAAGAGCUCAAUGCCGAGGCAUCGCGUCUGCGACGAGAGCGUCAGACAGCAGUGGAUGCAGCCGCCACAAGCACAACCACGGCUGCGGUUGCAGCUGCAGCUGCAGCUGCGGCUACAGCUACAGCUACGGCGUCGACCGCAGAAGACGGCCGGAUGAAGCUCCGCGUGCGAAAGCCCAAGCCCUCGCUGCCUGCCUUGCCUCCGGCCGAGACAGUCAAGCGCCCUGCAGCUCGCGGCAGUCGGAGAACCACCAUCGACACAGCGCCAGACACAGCUUCUGCAGUACAGACACCCGGUCGCGUGGCUCGCAGGAAGAGUGCAGGAGCCGGGUCAGCAGUAUCGACGCCAGAGCCGACCGGGCCAAGACCCGCGUCGAGUGCCGCGGUGCGCAAGACCAGUACUUCACAAUCCAGCACACCUCGACUAUCCUCGAGUCCGAAUACGCCUCCUGUGCCGCGGGUGCCGCCGGCUUUUCUUUCUGCAGAAAGUGAAGGGUCGCCGAAUCCUGAUGGGCCCCAGGAUGAUCUGGACAGUCUGACGGCCGGGGUACGCAAGCUGCAUAUCAAGUUGAAGGUCCCAUCGCCAGAAGAGAAUGCAGCCAGGGAGAGAGAAAGAGAGAGACGAGCAGCGGAAGAGCGGAAGCGCGCAGCCUCCAAAGCCAGUUCAAAGACGCAAACGCAGACGCAGACCCCCAAGUCGCCUCGCAAGCCCGCUGGUCGGGCACUGAGCUCGGCUUCAAAGGCGGCUCGGUCUGCAGCGAAGCCCGCACCAGUGGCAGUUCAAUCAGAGACAGAAGCCAAGGACGAGCCAUCGAUCGUUACACCUGUGACCUCGUCACCGCCGUCCGUGGGCAAAGUUGAAAGCAGUACCACCAAUGGCUGGGACAGAAGUGAACACGAGGCUGCAGCUAGCAUGGUCAUGUCGCCGCCAUUGACACCAGGUCGUCCGCCAUCGGCAUUAUAUUCUCCUCCCGGAAUGACACUGGCGCGGGAUGGAUUGCCGGUCAUGAUGUCGAGCGGGGUGAUACCAUUUGCAGAAGUCGUACGGAGGGAAGAGCAGGGGGAUAAGCAGGAGGAGGAGCAGAAGGGAGGUAAUACUUAAUUAUCGUUGUGAUUCACUCAUUGAUUUUCCUUGUGUUGGACUUGAUACUUUUGAUAUUUGUUUGAUAUACCCCUCGUGUUGGAGUUUUCCCUGUCAUUCCCUUCUUCACUCUCUAUGUCAGAAAGGAUUAAAAUGAGCAGAAUAAUUAAUCGAUUGAAUGCUAC